AUGGAGCUCAACAAUGCUUCAGCAAACUCGACCCUCACAGAGGCGCCGGGGAAGAUCCCCAAUGACGGAACUGGCAUCGUACAGCUCGAUCCUUACUUGGAGCCCUUCCAAGGCGCGCUCAGGAGUCGCUUCGCAAAAGCCCAGCAAUGGAUCAAGACGAUUGACCAAACAGAAGGCGCUGACUGCUUUUUUCAGGGAUACGAAAAGUUUGGCUUCCUUGUACAGCCCAACGGCGACGUUAUCUACCGCGAGUGGGCUCCGUCUGCCCUGCGAGCAUACUUGAUUGGCGACUUCAACGGCUGGAACCGUGAUGCAACCCCCAUGACGAGAAAUGACUUUGGUGUCUUCGAAGUUACUGUACCUGGAGUCAACGGCCAGCCCGCAAUCCCGCACGAUUCGAAAAUCAAGGUGUCUUUCGUUACUCCUAAUGACCAUGCUCGCCAGGAGCGCCUCCCCGCCUGGAUCACCCGAGUGACGCAAGACCUCAAUGUCUCUCCCGUCUACGAUGCGCGCUUCUGGAACCCCCCCGAGAAAUAUGUCUGGAAGAACAAGCGGCCCGCGAAGCCCCAGAGCGCCCGAAUUUACGAGGCCCAUGUUGGCAUCUCCUCCCCCGAGCCGAAGGUAGCCACCUACAAAGAGUUCACACACAACACGUUGCCGCGGAUUAAGCAUUUGGGAUACAAUACUAUACAACUGAUGGCCGUUAUGGAGCAUGCGUACUACGCAAGCUUCGGAUACCAGGUCAACAGCUUCUUCGCGGCAAGUAGUCGCUAUGGAUUCCCAGACGAUCUGAAGGAGCUCAUCGAUACUGCGCACGGCAUGGGCAUCACUGUUUUGCUGGACAUGGUACAUAGCCAUGCGUCCAAGAAUGUCCUUGACGGCUUGAACAUGUUUGACGGUAGCGACCACCUCUACUUCCAUGAAGGCGCCAAAGGACGUCACGAGCUCUGGGACAGCAGACUAUUCAACUACGGACAUCAUGAAGUUUUGCGCUUCCUCCUCAGUAAUCUUCGCUUCUGGAUGGAGGAGUAUCAGUUUGACGGUUUCCGCUUCGACGGAGUUACGAGCAUGCUCUACACUCACCACGGAAUUGGAACGGGCUUCUCGGGUGGCUACCAUGAGUACUUCGGUCCCUCUGUGGACGAGGAAGCUGUGGUGUACAUGAUGCUUGCCAACGAGCUACUGCAUACAAUCUUCCCAGACUCCAUUACCAUCGCUGAGGAUGUUUCUGGCAUGCCAGGUCUCUGUGUGUCACUCUCAUUAGGCGGAAUAGGAUUCGACUACCGAUUAGCCAUGGCUGUACCUGACCUCUACAUCAAGUGGUUGAAGGAGAAGCAGGAUAUCGACUGGGACAUGGGCCAACUUGUUUUCACCCUGACGAACCGAAGACACGGAGAGAAGACUAUUGCAUACGCCGAAAGCCACGACCAAGCGCUUGUCGGAGACAAGACUCUGCUCUUCUGGCUCUGCGACGCGCAGAUGUACACCAACAUGUCGCUGCUUUCGGAGCUAACGCCUGUCAUCAACCGAGGCCUCUCCCUCCACAAGAUGAUCCGACUGAUUACGCACGGUCUCGGAGGCGAAGGCUACCUCAACUUCGAGGGAAAUGAGUUUGGGCACCCAGAAUGGCUCGACUUCCCCCGCGAAGGCAAUGGUAACUCCUUCCACUACGCGCGCCGCCAGUUUAACCUCGUCGACGACGAACUCCUGCGGUACAGGUUCCUUAACGAGUUCGACAGCAAGAUGCAGUGGACUGAGGAGAAGUACGGAUGGCUGCAUGCCCCUCAGGCGUAUGUAAGCUUGAAGCAUGAGGGCGAUAAGGUCGUCGUGUUUGAGCGCGCUGGGCUGCUGUGGAUUUUCAACUUCCAUCCCCAGGAGAGCUUUACAGACUACCGUGUGGGUGUUGAGCAAGAAGGCACCUACAGGAUCGUGCUCAGCACCGAUGCUAAGGCGUUUGGUGGACACGGAAACGUGGAUGAGAGCACGAGGUUCUUCACUACACCGUUUGCGUGGAAUGAGAGGAAAAACUUCUUGCAGGUUUAUGUUCCGUCAAGGACGGCGAUUGUGAUGGCGCUCGAAAGUACAUUCGGUCUCCAGAGGACGCUUCGCUCCUCCCUCCGCCGACCGGCCACGGUCCGCAGCGCGUUCCAACCCAUCAAGAAGAACUUUGCGCCUGCUCUGGCAGCUCGCUUCGCCAGCACCGAUGCCUCCAACAGCGGCAAGAUACACGCCGUCAUUGGUGCUGUAGUUGACGUCAAGUUCGAUACCGAGCAGCUGCCGUCGAUUCUCAACGCCCUGACGACCGACAAUGGCGGCCAGAAGCUCGUUCUCGAGGUUGCGCAACAUUUGGGCGAGCACAUCGUCAGAUGUAUUGCCAUGGACGGUACUGAGGGUCUCGUCCGAGGUGCCACUGCCACCGACACUGGUGCGCCCAUCAAGAUUCCCGUUGGUCACGGUACCCUUGGCCGUAUCAUGAACGUCACUGGUGAUCCCAUUGACGAGCGUGGUCCCAUCAAGGCUACCAAAUACGCUCCCAUCCACGCCGAUCCCCCGGAGUUCGUCGAGCAGUCCACUUCUGCUGAGAUCCUCAUCACUGGUAUCAAGGUUGUCGAUUUGUUGGCGCCCUAUGCCCGUGGUGGAAAGAUUGGUCUUUUCGGAGGUGCCGGUGUCGGAAAAACGGUCUUCAUUCAGGAACUGAUCAACAACAUUGCAAAGGCUCACGGUGGUUUCAGUGUGUUUACGGGUGUCGGUGAGCGUACCCGGGAGGGUAACGAUCUAUACCACGAGAUGCAAGAGACGUCCGUUAUUCAGCUUGAUGGCGACAGCAAAGUCGCACUAGUCUUCGGUCAAAUGAACGAGCCGCCGGGUGCUCGUGCUCGUGUUGCGCUUACUGGAUUAACUGUAGCGGAGUACUUCAGGGACGAAGAGGGUCAGGAUGUGUUGCUCUUCAUUGACAACAUUUUCCGCUUCACUCAGGCCGGUUCCGAGGUGUCCGCUCUGCUUGGUCGUAUUCCCUCUGCUGUCGGUUACCAGCCCACUCUAGCCGUGGACAUGGGUAUCAUGCAGGAACGCAUUACCACCACCUCCAAGGGCUCCAUUACCUCCGUCCAGGCCGUCUACGUGCCCGCUGACGAUUUGACUGAUCCCGCCCCUGCCACCACCUUCGCCCAUUUGGACGCCACCACUGUCUUGUCCCGCGGUAUCUCCGAGUUGGGUAUCUACCCCGCCGUCGACCCUCUCGACUCCAAGUCCCGUAUUCUGGACCCCCGUGUCAUUGGUGACGAGCACUACUCGACCGCCACCCGUGUCCAGCAGAUUCUCCAGGAGUACAAGUCCCUCCAGGAUAUCAUUGCCAUUCUCGGUAUGGACGAGUUGUCAGAAGCUGACAAGCUUACCGUUGAGCGUGCCCGUAAGAUCCAGCGUUUCUUGAGCCAGCCUUUCGCUGUCGCUCAGGUCUUCACUGGCAUUGAGGGCAAGCUUGUCGAUCUCAAGGACACCAUCCGAUCAUUCAAGGCUAUCUUGAACGGUGAGGGUGACGACCUUCCCGAGGGUGCUUUCUACAUGGUCGGUGACCUCGAGUCGGCACGCGCCAAGGGUGAGAAGAUUCUCGCUGAGCUUGAGAAGUCAUAG